AUGGGGCGGAACCUCCGCCAGGUCACUAAUGCACCGAUGCACCAUCAUCGGGUGCACAACUUCUCAGUGUCGAUCCACGGGCUGCGCGCGCGCCUGCUGCGCUGGGACAUGAGCGUGCUGAUCGCGCAGGCGUCGUUCGGCCUCCGGGAGAAGCACAAAGUGCUGUGCGGGUUCCUGUGGAGGUUCGCGCACGGGUCCACGGUCGGGCGCGCGUCGAGCGGGGAGGAGCGUCUGUCUGCCAGCUCGGGGGCGGAGGUCAAGGACGAGGUGCGGGCGGAGUACGAGGCGCAGUGUGCGCUCCUUGAGAAGACCGUGGCGCUGCAUUACGAGGCGGGGCGCAUCUGUGCGGAGGACGGGAGGCUCGAACGGUGUCUCGUCUCGAGGCCGGUCGCUACGAACUUCUCGAUGAGGCAGGGCGCGAUGCGCGGGUACUGGGCGGUGGUGGGCGGCAGGGUCGUUUUCUUGCAGGAUACCUGGCGGCAGUACGUGCUUGAGCCCGAAGGCCGGAUACUGAGGGAGCUGGAGGCGCAUAGGGCGGUUCUCGGCCAUGGCGAACUUCGAGCGGACGACUCGGAGCAAGGCGGGCCAACAACAACCGUCCUUCCAGUGCACCGAGUCGCACUUAUACCGAGAGGCCGACUGAUUGGCUUCCCACUUCAGACGCUGCAAGGCACGAAAGAGCUGCUCAACGCGGCACACGACGCGUUCCAAGCGCUGAUCGCUGCGCACGACAAGGCACGGCGGAUCCACCGAGAUAUCAGCGCGGGCAACAUCAUGCUGUACCGGAAGCCGUCCCAAGACCAUCGGACAGGCUAUCUGAUCGACUGGGAGCUCUCGUCGAAGGUCCAGGAGGACGGGCAGGCGACGGACAAGUACAUCGUGCGUCUCGAGGCGCGAAGCCAGCGGAGGCACAUGUUGCAGGACGACAUGGAGGCACUCCUGUAUGUCGUCGCGUACUGUGGCCUCCACUGGCUCCAGCAUCCUGCGCAUUCCAGAGACACGAGGCUGGUCGUUCAGGCGCUGUUCCACAAUGGCCGGGAGGUCCGUGCGGGGGACGUACCUGGGGUGACGCACAUGACAUUUCAGAUGAUGGAGCCGGGAAAGGGCAAGCUGGCUAUCAAGGAGAACCAGACGUACGUCGACGGGGCGAACUUCAACGCGGAUCUCAAGGACUGGCUGUCGCGCUCGAUGGACCUGAAUCACCCGCGGGAUGUAAAUGCGGCGACGCAGUGGGACAUGCCUGAGCCGUGGAACGACUACUGGACGGAGUUCUUGGGGCGUCAACUGCCGGAGGAUGACAGGAUCCGCAAGCAGGAUAGCUCGUCGAUGAGGCCCAAGUCGGCAGUGAAGGCGAUUUCUCAUCGUGCCGGGAUCCAUCCCAACAAGCGGAAGGGGCCGCAAUGCCGAGGACGGACGGAGGAUGGACGGACGAACGGCGUACUAGGGAACGGCAGGCCAGUUAAACGCCUGAAGAGGGCGGCGGGAUAG